AUGGAAGAGUUUGGUGAUGGAGGAAACAUGGUUUGUGAUGCAAUUGCAAUGGAGAAAUUUGGAAUAGAGGAGAUAUUUGAGUCUCGUCGAGUUUGUCCCAGUUUCUACGUGACGCUGACCCCUUUGAAUUUGUACAUUCAGGGAUGGGAUAUGGGAUAUGGGAAGGGGUGGGACCCUUGUCACAUGCCUCUACCAAUACGCCAUCCAAUAGAGGACCCACACACACCCCAAUUCUGGGGACCCCAAUAUACAUACCCUUUACUAAAGGAUAUGUAA